AUGAAGAAGAUUCUGACCGCGAUACGACACAGACACCUAAUCAGUGCGGAAGAUACUUUACCAUCUCUUAGCAACUACUACCGUUCCCAAGUGGUCCAAAACAAUGCAGAAGAACAUGCGACAGUAGAGGAUUUGGUGGAGUUGGUGUCCUCGUCAACGAAUAUGGCAGUAAACAUCGACUCUUUCGAACAACUUAUAACCCGAAUCGAACGUUUACGGAUGAGAAGAUGUAGUUCAACUGUAGCUUUGACAAUCUUCGUCGUUUACGCUCCAACAUUAAGCUACGAAGAAGAAGUCGAAGCUUUCUAUAUGGACCUGGAGAAGCUCUACCGAGAAGAUCAUGCUUUCUACAAGGUCAUAAUUGGCGAUUUCAACGCCAAAGUUGGCCCAAGAAGAACACCUGAAGAAUUUCACAUCGGAACCCGCGGUCUUCCAUGA